AUUCAGUUCUAUGAAAAUGAUGGAAAACGAAAUCGCACUGAGUUUUGUUGCUUGGAAUUCGCUCGCAAUUAACAACAGCGCCAUCUUUGAUUGCAAAUAAAGAUUGCCUUUUUAUCGACGAUCAGUCGAUAUUUUACGUCACAACGCGAUAUGAUGGAAUAUUUUAAAUUUGCUGGUUUUAUUUUACCAUCGACAAAACUUAAUAUUCGCAUAUGUACUCAGAAAAAUACACUAUUAUCGAAUAAUAAUGUUACUUCAAAUUGUUAUUUAAUCGUUAAAUGAAACUCUUUUCGAAGACAGUUGUGUUUUUCUGAAAUAUUGAAUUGCACUACCUUAUCGAUCAACGAUAUUAAAGAUCGUUUCUCGAUAGAGCAAAAGUAACAAGUUCUUUAUUUACAAUAUUUCUUGUGAAUGAUAUUGUAUUGUGUCAGAAUCGUAGUAUGCUACGUCGACUUAUGCGAUAUUAUAAUCUUCAUAGAUUAGAUUAUUAUUACUCGAAAAUAGUACAAAAUAUUUAAUUAGCUUAUGCAACGUACAAAGCUAUUUGCAUUGUCGAAAAUAAUAGUCUUUUUCAUGUUAUGAGAUAAUAGAAAGAAUAUUACAAAGAAUAUUGCUACGUUUGAUUAUAUUCGAAGUUUAGUGAUUGUUGGGGGCUUAAAAUUUUUAUUGAUUUUCAUAGUAAUUUGUUAAAAUACUACAAUCAAAAUGAUUGAAGAAAAUGUUUACGAAUCAGAACCAAAUGUGUCUGAUUACACUCAGGCAAGUGACAAAACACCAUUACUACAAAAUACUCAAAGCAAUAUGGCAGAAAAAACAGGAAUUUCUCAAGAAACCCUUGUUUCCCAAGCUGGGCAAACAAUUAAAGCAAAAAGGCUUCCUCAAUACAUCGCAAGUUUAGCAGCUACAUUAGGAGCAGUGGCAGCAGGAAUGACAUUAGGAUGGACUUCACCAGCUGGAAAAGAUGGUGUCAAUUUAGCAGCUACAUAUGAUUUCUCUAUUACUGCAGAAGAGUUUUCAUGGAUCGGAGCGUUCACGCCACUUGGCGCUGCAGUAGUGUGUAUACCGAUUGGUAUUCUUUCGGAUAUAAUAGGAAGAAGGAUUUCUAUGUUAAUACUCACAGUUCCUUUUACAAUUGGCUGGCUAUGUAUUAUCUUUGCUGAUUCUGUAACUAUGUUUUAUAUUGGAAGGUUCAUUACAGGUCUUAGCGGUGGAGCUUUUUGUGUGACAGCUCCAAUGUAUACCGCAGAAAUAGCUGAAAGUGCAAUUCGUGGAAGUGUGGGUUCAUAUUUUCAGUUACUUCUCUCUGUAGGUAUUCUACUAGCUUACCUUCUAGGUACCUGUGUAGAUAUGUUUUAUCUAUCCAUUAUAUCUGCGACUGUGCCAUUAAUCUUUUGUGUAAUAUUCUUCUUCAUGCCUGAAACUCCUACAUAUUAUUUAAUGAAGGAAAAUGAAGAUGCUGCUAGAGCAAGUUAUAUUCGACUUCGUGGAAAUCAAUAUAAUGUAGAACCAGAAUUAACUGUACAAAAAGAGGCACUAGAAGAAUCUAGAAGAAACAAAGUAUCUUUUCUAACAGCAUUGAAAUCAAAAGCUUGUAUUAAAGCUAUAAUAAUAUCGUAUGGCCUUAUGUUAUUUCAACAAUUGAGCGGAGUAAAUGCUAUUAUAUUUUAUGUUGGUUCUAUAUUUUCGUCAGCAGGUGGUUCUCUUAAACCUGAUGUAGCUAGUAUCAUAGUAGGUGCAAUGCAAGUAGGUGCAGUAUUUGUUAGUACAUUGAUAGUUGAUCGUUUAGGUAGAAGAUUAUUGCUUUCAGUAUCUAUUGUUGCUAUGUUUUUAUGUACCCUCAUACUUGGUAUUUACUUCUAUCUUACGACAGUAACAGAUACAAGUAAUAUAGGCUGGUUACCUCUUUUAUCUGUUUGCGUUUUUAUCAUUUUAUUUUCACUUGGAUUUGGUCCUCUUCCAUGGAUGAUGAUUGGAGAACUUUUUGCUCCAGAAAUCAAAGGUAUUGCUGGCAGUAGCGCUUGCUUAUUGAAUUGGUUAAUGGCAUUUAUUGUCACCAAAAUUUAUUCUAAUUUAAACAAUGCUUUACAAUCUUAUGGUACAUUUUGGUUAUUUUCACUGAUUUGUGGUAUUGGUAUCGCCUUUGUCCUAUUGUUGGUUCCAGAAACAAAAGGAAAGACAUUAGAACAAAUCCAACGUGAAUUAAAUACAUAGUUAGAUAUUAGAAGAAAUCUCUAAUAUGUAAAAUACACUUUUAUGUAAGAGAUUAAACGUUUCCAUAUUGCAAGACUGAUUCUUUUAUAAAUUUUGAAAGUCUGUAAUAUGUUUUAGACGAAUAUAUGUAUAUAUAUAUAUAUAUAUAUAUAUAUAUAUAUAUAUAUAUAUGUGUGUGUGUGUGUAUAUGUAUAUAUAUAUAAUAUUAUUUAUAAUAAAAGAGAUAUAUUCUGUACCAUUUAUAAUCGUUUAAAUAAACGUAUAAGAUAUUUAACAUUAUCAACUCUUUUAUUCAAAAUUGUAUAAUAUAUAUUGCUAUGAUUAUAAUUGUAAUUAAUAUUUAAACGAAAUUAAUUUUUAAAAUGUCUUUCAAAAUUCCUGCCAUUAAAUAAUUAUGAGUUCGAUCGAAGCAGAAAAUCUUUGAUACUAAUAUUUAAUAUAUAUCCACUGAAAAUUUAGUGUUUAAAAUUUUAUGUAUUUGUAAGGAUAUAAAUUAAUUCUAUCUUUAUUUGGACAAAUAGCAAAUCUGCCGAGCAUUUAGAAGCGUAUUUUUAAGAUCAUGUAAGGAAUACUAUUUUUCGUAUAAAUCUAUAUAUAUUCAUGUGAA